GUCCGCCUCCUGUGAGUAGAUGCUGUCGGCAACAAGGAUGGUACCAUUCAGUUGAUACGCUGCGGACGAUUGCAAUUCACGAUCACUGGAGGGCUUGCAGGAGGCCCAUUUCGAAGAGGUUGAUGUUGCAGAGGGUUCUUCGUAGUUUCUCCAUCUGAGACUUCUUUGAGAAAAUUCCCUUUUCGAAGGUCUGGCUGCUGACACCGAAUAGAGAUGGCCCGGAAAGUGAAAUUCGCAGAAGGUGAGAAGAUCCUUUGCUACCACGGACCUCUCAUUUAUGAAGCAAAGUGCCUUAAGGUAUCAUUGCAGGACAGAACUGUCAAAUAUCUUGUUCAUUACUCCGGAUGGAAAAAGAAUUGGGAUGAAUGGGUGAGUGAUGCCAGAAUGCUGAAAGUGAAUGAAGUCAAUCUCCAGAAGCAGAAGGAGCUCAUUAGGCAGCACAAGAUGAAGAUAAAAUCCAUGAAGGGUCUCAAAAGUGGAUCAGAAAGUAAGCAAAAGGAGGAAGGGAUACAUGAUGAAUCUCAAGAAAAGUCAGACCACACUCUGGGAUCCUCCAAGGUGGAAACUCUGCCAGAAGGGAAUUCUCACAGCAGUGCUUUUGGAGAAAAUAGCAAGAACCACAAUGGAACAGGACUCCAACAUGGAACCAGCUCAUCAACACCAUGUGCAGUACCAGUUGAGGCUUCUGCAAGAACAGUAUCAAAUGUUAAUACUGCCACUAACAGCCCUGAAAACAGCAAAAAAAGCAGCCCUUUAGAGGGGAAAGAUGCACGAAUCCUUAGCGCCAUGAAGCGAAAGAAAAAGCAAGUGAGAUUUGAAAUGGCUGAUCGUCAGAUAUUUCCUAUUGGCUUGGACUGGAAGGUUGUGAAGAGGACAUCUUUGCAGCAGUUGGAAUUCCAACUUCCAUUAGAGUUGAAAACAAUUCUUGUAGAUGACUGGGAUAUGAUAGAAAUGAAACGGAAGCUCCUUCAAAGCCAUCCCUCCACCCCCAUGAGUCAGAUCUAUGGGAUUGCACAUCUCAUUCGAACAUUUGGUAAGUUUCACAUCAAAUUUGCUGUGAUUAAAUUCAGAAUCUUUCUUCUCUUCCAAAAAAAAAACCCAGUGCAUUUAGGACCAAUGAUGAGGUUUGCACAGCUGAGUGAAGCAUCUGAGAAGAUCCUCAUAGCCUGCUACAAGGACCUCAUCAAGUGGUUGGCUGUGAAUGCAGACAGACUCUUCAAUGAAGAUGACUAUGGAAUUGCUGAUCCUGCUUAUCAUCGUCGUCUCCUUGGCUUCCAGACGUGACAUUACUGUGAUCUCAACCAUGUUUCUUUCUCACAAAAAAAGUCUUCUCAGCAUGUAAACAUGCAAGUGUUGAAGGGAAGGUCUUGUUCAUAUUGAAUAAAAGAUUGCUAUCUGGAAGAGGAAUCUAACUUCCUGACUCAGCUUUGCAAAAUUUCAUGCUCAUGACCUCAUGAAUAUCAUGACCUGUUUUUACUUGUGUGGUG